GGAACCCGUUAAUAUCCAUGUGCCCGUUUAAAAGUAUCAGGUUACCGGGCGCGUCCAACCUCCCCUUUGCCACCGCGUCGCCACCGCACCAAGGGAGGUCGGCGAGAGCAGCUGGCAGCCGCGGAAGCCAUGGCGAACAAGGCAACGGCGGCGACCUCCUGGCGGUGGCGGCUUCUGCUUCUGCUCCUCGUCACCGUGGCUGCCCUAUGCUGGAUUCCCCCGGCGAUCGCAGCAGCUGCGGCGGCGGCGGCCGCAUCGACCGCCAACGGAGCGCGGAGGUCGCUGCUCGGCUUCGUGGAGGCGCAGGGGAACGCCUCCUACCAGUGCACGCCCUCGGGGCCCUGCAUCCCCUGCCAGUACUCUGAGAAGAAUGAUGAAAAGUACAGCUGCAGCGAAACUGGCUAUCGCCUGCCCUUGAAAUGUGUACAAGCACAAAAUGUAACAAAAGAAGGAAACAAGAGCAAGCAGAGGAAGAUAUUGGAUGAUGCAUCCACAUCAGGCGACACGAAAUCCCAAUCAGGUGGCACAAAAUCCACAUCAGGUGGUCCAAAGCAUUAUACUACUUACAGGAGUUGUGUGCCACUGGAGGGUGAAGAGAAGUUAUCUUUUCUUGGUUUUGAGGUAAUAAUGGCUGGGAUGCUGCUAGUAAGCGGCCCAUUUGUUUAUUACCGGAAACGGCGUACAAAUCUUAUGCAGGGAGCUGCAAGAAUCCCAACGAGUCCUCCUAGGUUCUAGUAUGGAUGAUAACUGAUUGGAAGCUUUAAGUUGACUUGGUGCAUCUUUCUUACGGUGCUUUUCCUCUAUCAUUGUAUUACUGUAUUUACACAUGUAAUUUUGGAAGAGGCAACGAGCUUGUUAGGUCUCACAGGAGUAGAAAACCACAGUGGGUAGUCUCACUGUGCCUUGCUUCCUUGAAUCAAAUCUCAUGUAUUAUGUAUACAAAUUUAUCAUUUUGUUACCGCAAAGAAGUUGCCCUGGCCAAGGAACAACUUUGUUGCUGUCCAUCAAUUGUUUAACUUUCUGCCUCAAUGCAAAAGUGAAUGCUAUCCUGACAAUUAUAGGUA